CCGCCAAAUCGAUGUGCAGCAGUUGUAACCCACCUGCCAUUCAGCGCUGUCAUUCAUCCGAAGAAGAUUCUCGCUUCCCUUCUUCUACCCCAGUCAUGAAAUUUCCACUCUCUCCUCACGCAUUUGGGUUUUGCAUUCCACUUUCUCCAGCUUCCUCUUCCGCCUCGCUUCUCCGCAGUCUCCUCAAUUCCUCUGGCCCUUUCUCCCUCACUCCGAUCACCUGCUGUUCUCUAAUGCCGCCCCUAUCUUUCUGUUUCUGAGCGCCGAGGUCGCCUCCAGAGUUUCGAUCAUGGCGGAGGAUGCCGGAGCACCGCGGCGUCCGCCGGCCGAGCAGUCUUUCCCGGAUUUGCUGAAGAACACGCCGUCGAAUAUCCGCAGAUUGGAGGAUGAGAUUGAGCAGUGCAAGGGCCACCAGAAGUAUCUGGCUCAGACUCUCAGCCCUUCCGACGGCGGCGAUGUCCGGUGGUACUUCAACAAGGUCCCUCUCGGCGAGAACGAGAUGGCUGCUUCAGUUCCGAGGACUGAGAUAGUCGGCAAGGGGGAGUAUUUUCGGUUCGGCAUGAGGGACUCUUUGGCGAUUGAGGCUUCGUUUUUGCAGAGGGAGGAAGAGUUGCUUUCUUGUUGGUGGAGAGAGUAUGCAGAGUGUAGCGAAGGUCCGAAAGAGCAGCCUGGUUCCAGUAAGAAGGUGGAGGAGACGGCCAAAUCCUCACUAGAGAGAGCUCAUUCGGUUCCGUUGAGUGACGAGGAAGAAGAGAGAGUUGGUGUUCCUGUUAAGGGAGGGCUUCAUGAAGUAGAUUUAGUGAAGCGGCAUUGUUUCCCUGUUUAUUGGGAUGGAGAAAACCGGCGUGUGUUGAGAGGCCACUGGUUUGCUCGUAAAGGGGUUGAUUGGCUGCCACUCCGUGAAGAUGUUUCUGAACAAUUGGAGAUUGCAUAUCGUAGCCAGGUUUGGCACCGGAGAACUUUCCAGCCCUCUGGACUUUUUGCUGCUCGAGUUGAUUUGCAAGGCUCUAUUUAUGGAAUGCAUGCACUUUUCACCGGUGAAGAUAAUACCUGGGAGGCCUGGCUCAAUGCAGAUGCUUCUGGUUUUUCUAAUGUUAUUUCUUUCAGUGGAAAUGGAAUCAAGCUUCGGCGUGGAUAUUCUGCAUUUCUCUCUCCAAAACCCACUCAGAAUGAAUUACGUCAGCAGAAGGAGGAGAAAAUGGAUGAUUAUUGUUCACAGGUUCCUGUUCGACAUCUUGUGUUCAUGGUUCAUGGUAUAGGCCAAAGAUUGGAAAACUCCAAUCUGGUUGAUGACGUUCGUAACUUUCACCAUAUAACAGCAAGUCUUGCUGAAACACACCUUACUUCACACCAACGUGAUACUCAAAGGGUUCUUUUCAUACCAUGCCAGUGGAGAAGGGGUUUGAAGCUUAGUGGUGAGACUGCAGUAGAAAAAUGUACUUUAGAUGGUGUGAAGGGUUUGCGAGUCAUGCUGAGUGCAACUGUUCAUGAUGUGUUAUACUACAUGAGCCCCAUAUAUUGUCAGGACAUCAUCAACGCGGUGUCCAACCAAUUAAAUCGGUUAUAUUUAAAGUUUCUUAGAAGGAAUCCAGAUUAUGAUGGAAAGGUUUCCAUAUAUGGUCAUUCUUUGGGAAGUGUCCUCUCUUAUGAUAUCCUUUGCCAUCAAGAGAAUUUGUCCUCCCCAUUUCCAAUGGAUUGGAUGUACAAAGAGUAUGCUAGAAAUGAGAUAUCUUCUCCUGAUAUGAGUAAUCAAUCACUUACUGAUCACUCUGUUACUAAUUUGGGAGAUGUAGUCGCUUCUGUGUAUAAUCAAAGUGAUGGCAUGGGUUCGUUUGUUGAAGGAAAUCUGAAUGCACUACCAACUGUAGUAAUGCAUGAGGAGGGAGUUGCUGAAGAUGCAUUUAAUGUUGUGAGUUAUGAGACAUCAGAUUUGAAUGAGUUCAAGGCAAGUUGUAUGGACUUGAAACAAACACAGGGUCACAGUUAUGUGCAUGAAUCUGUUUCUGAAGAUGGUGACAAGUUUAAACAGAAUGUCUCGGAUGGAACUACUAGCAUGGAAUGUGGAGUCCCAGUUGAUCACAUAGAGAAAGUGGUUGAAGAAGUAUGUGAAGAAACGAGCAAUAAAGACGAAGUAGUCAAAUCACUGAGGGAGGAGAUUGAUUCUCUAAAAGCCAAAAUAGCAGAACUGGAAACCAAUUGUGAUGGUAGAGUUGGUAGUCCAGGAUUGAAUCAAGGAAAUGAAGACAUUCUUGCUUCUGCACCACAAACAUCAAUCUUGGAGAAAUUGCCUCCCGGGCAAGAGGGCUCAACUCAGAGUUAUACCCCUUAUAUCAAAUACACGAAACUUGAAUUCAAGGUUGAUACAUUUUUUGGGGUUGGAUCACCCCUUGGGGUCUUCCUGGCCCUCCGUAAUAAACGUAUUGGAAUAGGCAAGGGGAAAGAUUAUUGGGAAGAGGAAAAUAUAUGUGAGGAGAUGCCAGCUUGUCGGCAAAUGUUCAACAUAUUUCACCCCUUUGAUCCUGUUGCAUAUAGAAUAGAGCCACUUGUGUGUAAAGAAUACAUUGGCAGGCGACCUGUUAUUAUACCCUACCACAAAGGUGGAAAGAGGUUGCAUAUUGGAUUUCAGGAAUUUACUGAAGAUUUAGCGGCUCAUUCUCAAGCAAUAAUGGAUCGUCUAAACUUCAUAAAAGUUAAAGUUCUGACAGUUUGCCAGUCAAGAAACACGGAUAUUCUAGAAGAAGAAGAAAAUGCCGAAGAACAAGAGGAGAGAUCAUAUGGCACUCUUAUGAUGGAAAGGAUAACUGGAAGUGAAGGAGGACGGAUAGAUCAUGUGCUUCAAGACAAAACAUUUGAACAUCCAUAUAUUUCUGCAAUAGGAGCACAUACGAACUAUUGGAGGGAUUACGAUACUGCCCUUUUCAUAAUGAAACACUUGUAUCGCGGUAUAGAUGACAACAACUUACCCGUGGGAUCUAGUAGGGAAGACUCAAAACAUAAAAUGGGUUUACCUGGCUGGUCAGAUCAAACAGAGACAAUAGAUGAGGAGCUUUCUCUGACAUUUUCUGAAAGAAGUAUGACCAGAAUUUUCUUUGAGUCUUAAGAACGUUUUGAGCAUCUCAUUGUAACAUAACUCUUUCCUUGCAUGUUUUGCAGAGUGAAGAUACUACAGUAGGGACAUUUCUAUGACAGUGUUAAGAGCAUGCAGCCCAAAGCUUUUUUUUUUUUUAUAAGAACUCAACUCAUUGUAUGCGGCAGUGGUAGCUUCCUCCCCGAGCUUCCUUAGGGAGCGUUGGUGGUGGUGGGGGCGGUGCAUGGUGAUGUAGACUCAUAGUUCCUUGCAGAUAUUGAUGAUAUGGCUAAUCCCCUGUGAUUGUGUACAUAAGAAUAAUGUCGUCUAACAUGCUAAACCAAAUCAGUUUUAGAGAGUUGUACAUACUUUGUAAUUGAAUCGAGCAGAGGAGCUGUUGUCGGCUUAUUUAGCCA